UAAUGUAGUAAUAAUAAUAAUAGCAAUAAUAGCCAAGAGCUAGAACAAAGGAAAGAUAUGUUUGUGAAGCAAUGAAUUUAGUUAAAUUGUGGAGGUGUAAAAUUUAAUUUAUUCUAAUUAGAUAGGUUUAUCAAACAGAAACUAGAGUUGUUGAUGGAAGAACAGUAAGGAUUACAUUAGAUUAAGCAGCUGAAUUAGUUGGAUGUCCAAGAAAGACACUUGAAGAUUAUUAUUAUUUAUUGAAAAAGGCCUAAUAUUUAGGUAUUUUGUAUUCAAUAAUAUUUAGUUAAUUUGGAAGAAAAAAAAAAUGAAAAAAUGGGUUUUAUAAGAAAAAUUUGUAGAGAAAAUAAAAAGCAAUAAUAAUUAUUAAAGUAGGAAGAAGAAUUUUAUCAAAUAAAUUAAUUUUAAUUAGAUGAGAUUCAUGAUGAUUGA